GCUUUAUACUUGUUGGUGUCCGUUUAACCAACAGCAGUAUUUUUCGGAGCAUUGUACAUUGCAGCCAUUUCUUUCAUCGCUCGCUUUCUUGUUUACAGCGGCGCUUAAAAACACUAUCUCCUGUCAGUAGCACUUCCCCCUGAGUAAUAACAAGUUAGAUUUUCCUUCUGUUUUCUGGCUGGCUCAGUUGCCAGCUGAAUCUCGUGGGGAUGGACCCAGCAAGUCGAUACCAAGUGCUGCACAAUGAGGAUGACUCUUCAGAGGCCUCCACCAGUGAUCAGCAGCCAUGCACUUCAACCACAGCCCAGCCUAGCACCUCCCAGGACCAGGCCAACCCUGGCCCUGUUGCAGAAUCAGGGGAGGCGUCAGGAUCGACGACACAGGCAGAGGCACCCCCACCUCCUUAUGCCUCUAUUGACUUGGGAGCAACUGCAUCUGCACCUGAAACCAGUUUCCAAGGUGACUUCCCAGUGCCUCCGCCCUACAGCGUCGCCACCUCACUGCCCACUUACGAUGAAGCUGAGAAAGCCAAAGCUGCCGCCAUGGCUGCCUCAACUGUGGAUGUGAUACCAAGGGAUGAUGAAUUCCCUCCCAGAGAUGAUUUCAGUGAUGCUGACCAGCUACGAGUUGGAAAUGAUGGAAUCUUCAUGCUGGCCUUUUUCAUGGCCUUCCUUUUCAACUGGAUUGGAUUCUGCCUGUCCUUCUGUCUGACCAAUACCAUUGCAGGACGCUAUGGAGCCAUCUGUGGCUUCGGCCUAUCCCUCAUCAAAUGGAUUCUGAUUGUCAGGUUUUCUGACUACUUCACCGGGUACUUCAAUGGUCAGUACUGGCUCUGGUGGAUCUUCCUGCUACUUGGUCUCUUGCUGUUCUUCAGAGGUUUCGUUAACUAUCUAAAAGUCCGCAACAUGUCAGAGAACAUGGCCACGUCUCAUAGAACACGCCUUUUCUUUCUCUACUAAAGGUUUAAACACAUCACCAUUCCUUUCCAAUGUGAAGUUCCUUCACUCCCCCUCGAAUGAUCUGACCGAUGAGCCUCGCAGUGAAGAGAGGAGAUAAGGAAGGAAGGAAAGAAGUAGGGACUAAGUGUUACCAGUCUCAUUUAUACAUAACAUGACUCACUCUGACGUCUGUACUUGUGAACUGAGCCGAAAUGAGUCGCUUCUCAUUUUAUUUAACUUUUCCAGCCCUCUUUUUCCGAUUGACCUCGCAAUAUCUUUACGCAUUCAAUCAGGAUGUCGAAUUUAAGAAGUAGGGAGGGCUUAAAAAAAUCCAAUCUGAAUUUCUGAAGAAAGUUUCAAACCAUAAACCAAUACACAUCACUUUGUAAAGAAGUAGCAUUUGGAGUUUUUUCGUAUUAAAAUCCGCCUCCGACUUCGGCUACAAACUUCAAGUAAGGAUCUCAAACUGAGCUCAGCCUGUUAUUGUCAUUUCGUCCCUUUUGCAGUUAAUGCUUUCUGCCCUUUACAACACAUCUGUCAAUUUUUUUUUUAGGUUUAGGACGUAGUUUUGUCAUUCCACCUUUUAAGUCUUACUUUAAUCAUGAUGUAGCAUUUCCAUAUCCUCAUUAGUGUAAACGAAAUAAGAGGCUCAGAGCAGCGAUGGACACGGGGAAAACCAGUUUACAUAUCACACACUCUGAUCCAUUUUAAACCAAACAAGGUCAUCUGUUAACCUUUAAUUUCGAAGCUGUGUCGCCGCACCAUAAACGCAGCUCAAAAUAAGUCACGAGACUUUUUUUUUCCAUCUCGUGGCAAAAAUUUGUUAAAAAUACUUUCACGUUCGGUCUUUAACGCGUGACGAGAAAUGAAAAGUUGCACAAAUUGGUAUUUUCUCUCAUCUGAGCCACUGAACAAAUGUGUGGAACAGCUUUUUAUGACAGAAAAAAACACUUAGUAGGACAAAAGAUAAAGUUUUCCAGAACCUUUUUUUUUUUUUUUUUUUUUCUUUCUUUCUUUCUGUCAUUUAACUGAUCCGACCUAUGCAGCAACAGUUUUCACUCAUUAUGACAUUUUUCUACGAGGAGGGCUAAAAUAGUGAACUUCCAUCCACUGUUUCUUUCUUUUACAAAGGUAUGAUUGUCAAAUUUCACCACGUGAGCCGACUCGUAUCACCUCCUGGUGUCGGUUCAACUGUAACGUGCCACUGAUCAUCAAGAUGCCCCUCCUCCUCCUCCCAAUUUCCAAAUAUAUCUGGCAAAACAGUAUCGGUAAACUACAAAGGAGCUGGGUUAAUCAGAGGAGGCUCCAUGGGUGAAACGGUGUUUUGUGGCCACGCAGGCUGUUCUCGUAGGAUCAGUGGGAAGUGGCCUAAAGGCAGGAGUGUGUGUGUAUGUGUGUGUGUGUGUGUGUGUGUGUGUGCAUCUCCUGCUUUGGUGCUGUGGAAGUGGAAACCAUGCGUGUUCCAUGCCAGGCUUGAGCAAAAACACUUCUAAGAGUCUUAUGCAAUUUAGUGAAUUGUAAUGACUAAUAAUAGAUGUGGAUGUGAAGUCCUGUGGUAACGAGGUAGCUGUAGUUGAGUAGUUUAGACAUCAGAGGUUGAGAUCCGAUUCAUUUUUUUUUAGACAAAGCUGAGGUGACUUUCAUAUGCACCUCUUUAUGUACAUCUGCCAAUAUAACGAUCGUUUUCAUAUUCGGUGAAUGGGAGGAAAAUGCGGGCGAUGUUUAGAAAUGCAAUAAGCCAAGUUAAAUGUGACUGGUUGUGCAUGUCCUGCAUGAUUUUUAGAGAAACCCAACUCACGGAUCUCUCUCUCUCUCUCUCUCUCUGGAGUUUCGGCUUUUAAGAUUAGAUUCAAAUCCUCUUGUGACUUCAGCUGUUUUUUCUCAGAGCGGUCACGGCCAUGUGACACAGCGGACGUCGCCGUUUCACAAAAAUUACAGCAAAAAAAAAACGUGACGUCGGGGUGAUGCUGUACAGCGUGAACAGAGCACCCAACUGGAUGAAGGAAAAAAAACUCUUUAAUUAUUGUUUUGUCAUGUUUUCAUCCAGAAAAUGAAAUGUAUAUACCAGCUUAUGCCAAUUCACAAUAUUUGCACUUUGAACUUAUGUACAGUAUGAUUUGUGAAUCUGCUUAACUCAAUGUGGUGGGUAGAGCAGAAAAGUUAGCCAUCCGAGUUUCUCAACUGGAAUUCUUAAUCAUCCCAAAAAAGGAUAAUUUGCCUUUUGCACUUUUUAUUUUCAAAAAUGACAAUAUUGUUCUUGUGUGUCUUGUUUCAUCGCUUUUCGCGUAAACUGUGACAGCUUAAAUAUUGCCAAACUUAUUUUUUUAAGGCUUUAUUUUGGGUUUAGUCAUAUCUCACUUAAGCCUCUUUCAGCAAUAUUAAGAUCUUUCAAUGAAUUCAAGCUCUGCUGCAUGAUCUAUCCGCCUGAAUGAGUGGGGUAAUAUUAGGAUUCAAAUAGUACAAAUACAUUUUGUUUGUUUGUUUGUUUGUAAAUAAGUAAAAAUGAGAUGGCAGCCAAACUAUUUUUGCCCAAGAUAAUCCUUGUAACAUCCUCUGGAACAAUUGUUGCAUUUAUGUAACUGGAAUUUAAUUGACAGACGAUGUCUUGCCAAAAUGCAUAAAGAAUAAAAUUCA